AUGGAACGUCCUGUCAAGCGACAAAGGAUCGCGCUUGACUCUCUUGGCACUGACGACGAGGACGAGGACGAGCUCGAGUGCGAGCCUAAUGAGCUCAACCAGAGGCGAGACCCUGUCUACCAGCUCGAACAAGCCAGGGCGCGUGCCUCAGAUAAGCUCAAAUCCAGAUUUGAGAGCAUAUUCUCAAAGUACGGCAAGGAUUUCACUGGCAUUGGUGACGAAAUCGACCUGAGAACCGGCCAGGUUGUCGUGGACAAUGGCCAUCUCCAGUCCAUCACAGCCGUCCAGGAGUUCGGACAAGGCGGCGAGGGCGAACAGGAAGAUGCACACUGCUCAGGAGACGACCUCAUCGUCCAUGGAAUCAGAGAUGAGGCAUUUGGGGAUGGCUCAUCAGACGUGGCGGCACGGAGCGAUCCCAAGAUUGUCGUGCAUCCAACUUCAGGUGUGGCCCCGGCUCCCCAGUCUCUGACGCCGCCAUGUCAGCCCUUUGGCCUUUGGGAGGUGCGACGGACGCAGGUCGUGGACCCUGCAUGGCGGACACCCGAACUCCCUCAGUCCGCAUUUAUGAGCACACGCUUUGUAUCGCAGGCGCAGCAGCCGAUCUUUGGCACCCGGCGGGUUACUCGCGUGACGGGCGGCCCCCUGACCAAGACCAGAGAUCAGGACGGCGAUGAAGAAGAUGUUCUCCUAGGCGCCCCUGACAAUCUACUUGGGGCCAAAGGGUCGCCCUUGAUCAAGAGUAAAUUCCCCGCCGUCGGAAGCAGCCCCGACAACGACCCUGGCUUGCAUGAAAUGAUUCAAGAUGUGAUCGAAAACAUCGCGGCUACGUCACCCUCGGCGGACCAAUCGAGAAGAAAAGUGUUGGGCACACGGCCAACUUCAAAGCCCGGCGUGAAGUCUGCCUCUUCCAACACAGACAACUACUGCAUGCAGGCUAAGGGAAAGACGAGCGAGGCGCGGUCACGCUCAGCAAGCAGUCCGAUCGCGGUCUCUCCCUGUCAGAGAGAACAAGCGCCCCGCCAUGCCAAAAGAAAGCGAGGGCAUACCGUCGCGAGGCGCAAAACAAGGCAGCCCAAGGACCCUGCCGAGCAGCAACUGGCUGGCCCAAAAGAAGAUCCAGACGCUACUGGCAUGGAGGAAGACUUUUUAGAUGUCACUGGAAACACCCCCAUCAAGCCAUCCGGGCGGACUUUUUAUGUCGAGAUCAAGGCAAGGAAGGUUGGCCAACUCGACCCGUUUGCUCAAUACCACGGAGAUCAUGGAUCAGAAACAGUCAGCAGAACCUCUCUGGGAGUUGAUGCGUCGCAUCAAGCGCUGGAGCCACCCUUGUCUAGUAGGUCUCUGGGUCUCCAGAAGCCAUGCGAGCCACCGACUGGACCUGGUGUCGUUGAGCUGGCCGCAGAACGCCUCGACCCUGGAGCCAUGGAACCAAGAACCCAAAGAGACGUAUCCCAGAGGAAGACAUUAGGUCCGGCCUCUGCCUUUGCCGGCGUGUAUGAAAUGUCUACUUCAAAGCAGAACGGCGCACCCGCAUCGACUAACUUUGGCAGCCAACCACCACAGGAAUCACAACCGAGCAUGCCGCAGAAGCCGUCCAAAGAGCAAUUCGAAAGGAACAUAGUAGAUCCAAGCUACACAUUCUCAGACGAGGAGAAUUUGUUGCCAAGGAAGAGCACCAUCCGGUGUAAGUCAGAGAGGGCAGGUGCUGCCGGCUUAGCUGCACAAGGUGCUUCACGAAAUGAAUAUAACGGGAAGGCGUCGAAAUCCCCGCCUACAUCAGUCGCGCUUGAUGCUUCGCUUCAGAGAAAACGGAAUCGAGUUGCGCGGAUAUCGCCACAGCCGGGUCCGGAGCACGAUGCAGCAGCACGUGCAACAGGAGCCUCCGGCCCAAGCCGGGAACCCCGUCCGGACCAUGUGGUCUAUGGCAGCACAUCUGACGUAGCCAAGCAUUCUUUACACCGGCGAACCCGAAGCAAGCGGCAGCGGCCAGAAGAACAAGGAUUAGAGGAGCGCGGGCAAAAAGCUACGUCAAAAGCAGAAUGUCAGCCGCUCAGAAGCCGUUGCCAGAAUGGGCCUGGUAAUGACCUUCAAGGCCUACCUGGUCUCAUAGAGGAACCGUCACCAGUCGUCGCGUCGUCGACAGCCCCCGCGGAAGAUGGAUCAGCCUCAGCAAAGUCACCGCAGACGGCCGAGUCUGCCCCACUGGCGCCAUCGACGCCUCGUCCGAAGUGCAGGCCGCGGCCUGAGAAACCUAAGGCUUCUGGCCCAGGACUCAUUUCUCUCCUGUCCGACGACGAAGAUGAUGAAGACGAGAUCUCGUUCCACCUCGCCGACUUCACGCCUUCUGGGUACCACCGCAUCCUCGCCCUGCGCCAGGACGCCGAUCCGCCUCCCACGGCAAGCGCAGGGAAGAAAAUGCGUGUGGCUAGCCUGCUCUUCGGCCCUUCCUCAUGCUCCAAGGCUGAUAAGCAUAGCACUCCAGGAUGCAGGAACAAGAACAGGGAGAGUAGACGCCGCAGCACAAAUGACCUCACAGGGGGCGUGGUCAACAGUACCCGGGCGCCGAGUCCAUCGGUUUCCGUGGUCCAGACACCUGGAGGCACGAAGAGGAGGUGCGGGGAGGGUGGUUUUAGGUGCGGGAGAGACUUCUGUUUCGCCUGUAUUAGUAUUUGA